AUGGGGCUGUGGUGGGCGGGUCUUGGCUUGGCCCUGCUCCCUCUCCCAAUAUAUUGCGCAGCCUUUAACGUCGGCCUGGUGGGACCUUGGACCUGCGACCCCUUCUUCUCCAAGGCUUUUCCCCAAGUUGCUGCGAAGCUUGCUAUGGAGCGGAUAAGGGUGGACCCUUCUGUUAACUCUCCCCAUCAGCUGGACUGCAUGUUAUGCGAGGAAGGCUGCCAAACUUCUAAAGCCCUGGCUGGAUUCAUUGGCUAUGAAAAGCACCUGUCAGCUUUCAUAGGUCCCCUGAACCCAGGCUACUGCACCGCAGCCUCCCUGCUUGGCAGGAGCUGGAACAAAGCUGUGUUUUCCUGGGCCUGCGUCAGCGACGAAUUGGACAGCCCAGGCCACCACCCUACUUUUGUAAGAACGUUACCCUCUCCGCCGGGGAUCCUUCUCUCCGUGUUGAAAUAUUUCAGCUGGGCUCAUGUCGGCAUCGUCUCUUCCCAAGAGGAGCUUUGGAGGGACACGGCUAACAAGUUGGCAACGGCGCUGAGGAACCGGGGGCUCCCGGUGGGUGUCGUCACCUCAAUGGGGAGAGGAGAUGGAGAUGCUGAAGGAACUUGGGCCAAGAUCCAAGCUGCCGUUAUCAUUUUGUGCAUGCAUUCGGCUCUCAUCGGAGGAGAGGAUCAGGCUACCUUGCUUACGAAGGCCCAAGAAAUGGGUCUGGCCGAUGGCAGGUACGUCUUCCUGCCGUACGACACGUUGUUCUACAGCCUCCCGUACCGAAACCACUCCUACUUCAUUCUGGACAACGACCGCUCCUUCCGGGAAGCCUACGACGCAGUGUUGACCAUUACUUUGCAGUCCGGGGACAAAACGUUUUAUGAGGCGUUUGAGGCAGCGAAACGAAGGGGUGAAAUCCCUCUCGAUCUGGAACCUGAGCAGGUCUCUCCACUCUUCGGCACCAUCUAUGAUGCCAUCUACCUGGUCGCAAAAGCUUUAGCCAAGGCUCAUCAACAGGGGGCGACUGAGGUCUCGGGGGAAACGUUGACUCAGCACGUCAGAAACCUUGACUUUGCUGGGUUCAGCCGCAGGGUAGAGGCAGAUAGCAAAGGAAAACCUCUCGCCCAAUAUGUUGUGCUGGACACAGACGGCAGAGGGAGCCAUUUCUUCCCUACCUCCUUGCUGGUGGCGUCCUCUGCCUUGGUACAACCCCUGGGAAGGGCGGUACACUUUCCGGGUGGAAGCCCACCCCCAGCUGAUUCUAGCUGUUGGUUCGAUCCAGAUGUUCCCUGCAUCAGAGGUCUGGAGCCUCCCGUCGUGGUCUUAAUCCUGCUGCCACCACUCACCCUUCUGCUCUUCGGGAUGUGCCUGGCGUACCUGAUCAGGCACAGCACCCUCUAUCGCCAAGUCAUCAAAGGGCCUAAGAAGUUACUGCUAACUCUGGAUGACCUCACUUUCGUCAACGCCAAACUCAGCAGAAUGAGACUGGCGGUGGAUAGCCUGAGCGAUUCUAAGAGCAACUUGGAAGUUCGAAGCCUGAGAUCUGCCACACAUUCUUUGUCGGUGAAAAGCACAACUGUGACAUAUGAAUCCUCCAAUGUGGCAAUAUACAAGGGCGACUGGGUAUGGCUGAAGAAACUGGAAUCUGGAGCAACCAGUGACCUGAGACAGAGGACUGCCAGCUUGUUAAGCCAGAUGAAGGAUGUACGCCAUGAAAAUGUGAACCCAUUUCUAGGCCUUUUAUCUGAUGGGUCUCUCUCUGCCAUCGUGAUGGAGUUUUGCUCCAGAGGGAGCCUAGAGGAUUUGCUGCAAAACACAAACAUAAAGCUGGACUGGAUGUUCAAAUCAUCUCUUCUGAUGGACUUAAUUAAAGGAAUGAAAUAUUUGCACCACCAGGAGAUCCCCCACGGACGUCUCAAGUCUCGCAACUGCGUUGUGGACGGGCGGUUUAUGUUGAAGAUCACCGACUACAGCUAUGGUGAGCUCCUGGCGGCACUGAGCGACUUGGGCGUUCAGCCCCCUGCAGAAGAAUUGCUCUGGACAGCUCCCGAGAUAUUGAGAAAUCCAGCGAUGUCCCCAAAAGGCACCAUAAAAGGAGACGUCUAUAGUUUUGCUAUUAUCCUGCAAGAAGUUGUUCUUCGGGGGCCCCCAUACUGCAUGUCUGAAAUGUCAGCUGAAGAAAUCAUCCGCAAACUGAAGAAGCCUCCGCCGUUGUAUCGCCCGAGUGUUUCUCCUGAAAAUGCCCCGCUGGAAUGCAUUCAGCUCAUGAAACAGUGCUGGAGUGAGAGACCAGAUCGUAGGCCAAGCUUUGAUGAGAUCUUUCAAGAGUUCAAAUCCAUCAAUAAAGGCAGACGGACCAAUAUCAUCGACUCCAUGCUGAGGAUGCUGGAGCAGUAUUCCAGCAACCUGGAAGACUUGAUCCGAGAGCGGACGGAGGAGCUGGAGAUGGAAAAGCAGAAGACGGAUAAACUCCUGACUCAGAUGCUUCCCCUGUCGGUGGCGGAAACGCUGAAAACCGGCGCCACCGUUGAACCUGAGUAUUUUGACGAGGUCACCAUCUACUUCAGCGACAUCAUUGGCUUCACGACCAUCUCCGCCCUCAGCGAGCCCAUCGAGAUCGUGGAUCUUCUCAAUGACCUUUACACUCUGUUUGAUGCCAUCAUUGGCCAUCAUGACGUCUACAAGGUGGAAACCAUCGGCGAUGCCUAUAUGGUGGCUUCGGGGCUUCCGAAACGCAACGGCCGCAGACAUGCCUCUGAGAUCGCCAACAUGUCCCUGGACAUCCUCAGCUCCGUGGGGUCGUUUCGAGCAAAACACCUCCCCCACGUGCCCAUCAGGGUACGGAUGGGGCUGCAUUCAGGUCCGUGCGCUGCUGGGGUGGUGGGUCUCACGAUGCCACGCUACUGUCUCUUUGGGGACACGGUGAAUACAGCUUCGCGGAUAGAGUCCACCGGGUUGCCGUACAGAAUCCACAUCAGCCGAAACACCAUGAAAACCCUGAAGAGCCUAAAUGAAGGUUAUAAAGUAGAAUUCAGGGGGAAGACGGAGCUGAAGGGCAAAGGGUUAGAAGAAACCUAUUGGCUGGUAGGAAAGAAGGGCUUCACCAAACCAUUACCACGUCCUCCUGAAGUGAAACCAGGCCAGCCGUGGCAGGACACAGUGACUCAAGAAAUCAAAGCCGCCUUGAGGGAUUCCAAGAGAAAGUCCACUAGCAAGCCCAGCAAACAGUCCUGAAGAGAUAGAAGGCAAAGAAGAACUGCGGGAAAAUAGCGAACAACCAUGCGCUAAAUUCUGUUUCUUUUAAAGCCGUGGCUGAUCGCCACGAUCCGGGCCACCACC